UUCACUUUUCUAUCCAUGGCCGCAAAAAUGUCUACUCCUGCAAUAAUCUUGACUUCCUCGUCCAUGUCCAUUUCAGAUCCGCCGGAAUUCAAGAAGAAACCUUUAUUCCCGGCGGACUUGGGUGGCGCCGCCGCCGCCGCCGCCGAAGAAACCUUCGUCCUCAAAUUAGGACUUCCCACCUUAAACGUCGACAACAACGUUUUUCUUCAAAAAAACGCCCCCGUCGUCGAUGAUCCAGAAAUCGACGUUUUUGAUGCCCAGAAAUAUUUCAACGACGGAUUUAAGAUCAAUCGAAGCCCCAAAAAAAUCGAUCCCAACGAAUUGCCGAAUGAUCGUCCCUGUAAGAACGACGGUCCGCCAGCGCCGCCGAUGAAAAUUCCGACACUGAGAAGUAUCCGGUCAGAAUCGAGCACCAACAGCCGGAGCGCGCUGUUGUUUAGCAAUCCGAGGAAUUUUCCGACGAGGAAAUCCGUCGGAAAGGGCUUUCUUUCAAGCAUUGUCUGCAAUUGUUCUUGUACUGACCGGAAUUCCGUCGACGUUGAUGAUUUUAGCGACGGCGCCGCCGCCGCCGCCGCCGUCAGGAAGACUGUAAAAAUGGAGGAAGGAAGAGUGGGGAAGAAACUCAGCGUGAUGUCGUCUUGGCGAGAAAUUUCAGAAGGUUUCAAAAUUCCUUCAAGUGAAAUUAAAGACGGCGGCGGCGGCGAAGACAGCGACGGCAGCUCCGACUUGUUCGAGAUUGAAAGUGUGUGCGGCGGCGGCGGCGGGGGGAGAUCUUUGCUUUCCAGGCAGGCUUCCGACGGCCUGUCGGGUUGUUACGCGCCGAGUGAAGCGAGUAUAGAGUGGAGCGUCGUCACGGCCAGCGCCGCCGAUUUCUCCGUCGUGUCGGAAUCGGAGGAGUUAAGAUUCGGCGGCGCCGGCGAUAGAGUCAUGAUUCGGAAAGAUCGUGAUCAGAAUUCGAAAAUGAGCUCGUUCCCCAAAUUACGUCCCGCCAUUCUUUCCGGCUGUAAGAGUCAGAAAGCUGUGAGCGUUGCCGGAGAUGCGCACAGGGCUAAUAGUAUGCUUCACAAGAAAACGAAGGCGCCGGCGCCGGCGGUAUCUCCGGCGACAGGAUAUCGUGAUAUUAAUGAGAAUAAAUUGGGAGUAUUAUGUGCAAAAAUCAGGCCUCAAUCAUUGGACAUGACCACUGCUGGACGUGUUCUUCCUCCACAAAAUUCGUCGUAUAAUUAUUUAAUUAAUUAAUUAAUCUCUGUUGGGUUAAUGAUGUUUGAUUAAUGUUGUUGUUGUUUCUUUUAAUAUAUAUAAAAUUAAUUAUAUGUUUGUCU